AUGAGUUCAACACCGAAGCAGGAAACGACCAAAAGUCUUCCACCUCUUCCCAGCGACUAUCAAUUCCAAUCAAUGGAUCUAGAUUUUGAACUCUUUCCACAAACCCAAGAACUACCGUCUUGGUCGCCAAUUGAUGCAGGGCAAGGAGAAAACUUCUUUGCGCCAUCGUUCGAUUUCAAUGUUCAGCAGAACAUCCAACCCUGGUCGUCUUCAGCUCGUUCCUCACAAGAUAGGUUCACAAGAUCAACGUCAUCGUCGUCUAUGAUGGAUAAUUGCCCCCUUCUAUCGCCAUCUUCAGGAGCAGGAAGAACCUCUUACGGCUCAUCUCUUUGGACUGCCGACACAGCAUCAACAUUGAACUCUGUCUACAACCCAUCCCUACAAGAAUUCAUAGAAGAGGAGCCUGCGGCAAGAGAGGCACAAUUGAUACAGCCAAAUGUAUACAAUCCAGAGGAAUCCACGCAAUUUUCAUAUAAUUCGACUCGUGAGAACCUAAACCACUUCUCACGUUAUAACAUCAUUCCAAACUCCACAAGUGACCGACCACCACCAGUUCCUCAGAUAACGUAUACAUGCACAAUAUGCCACCGAGCAUUCCAGAGAAAAGACGAUUGGAGAAGACAUGAAGAAUCACAUGAUCCACAAAAGUACUGGAUAUGUCUGAUCGGUGACCCAGCCGUACCGAUGGAAGGGGGUAGAAUGUGCGUGUUCUGCAACCGCUUUUUCUCCAAGGCCCAAAGAGAAGAAAUGAACAUACAUCUUGUCAAGGAACACAAGAUCAACGAGUGCGCCCAUAAAAAUCCUAAAUGGCAUAGGAAGGACAAGUUGAAGCAGCAUUUGUCGCAAGUUCAUAAUCUAUCGGAAGAUGCUCUUAGUUUGUGGGAAGAGUGGAAUAGAGACGUUAGGAAGAAGUGGGCUUGGGGCUGUGGGUACCGUGGGGAGUGCUCGUUGACUUGGAAAGGUAUGUGGAUUUCUUUGAAUUAUUUUUCUUAUGCUAUACUGUCUUGUGGGUAUCAUGCAAUGAACUCCUUAAUGCUGCAAUUUCUGAAAAGAUUGACCAGCAUAGCUUUUGCCAAAACUUAUUACCACCCUACAUGUCUCCAUCUUGCUGACGUACUAGUUCAGAUCGGGUCAACUACAUCGCCGAACAUUAUGAGAAACAAGGCCUUGUCUCUCAUUCGUGGGAUGAAUUCCUAAUGGUAAAAGGUUUUAUGAAACAACGCUACUCGAAUUUCAAUGUUGAUGAUGCUUGGAGAGUUCUGAAUCCAAAUCGAGGAGACCAGUUUUUAAAGUGGUCGAGCAACGAUGCGAGAACCCUGAAAAAUAAGUUGGAACGUCAUUCCGAAUUCCCAGAAAGCAUUGCAAGCGAGGCGAAAAACAUGGCGACGAAUUUCGUGACCAAUUACGAAACCCUUGCCUGGGCUUCGGCCGAUUCUAGAGUGGCCACUCUCACAAACCCAAUCGAAUACAACGAUGUCCAAAAGGCUUGCCGAGAGCUUCCCUCGCAGAAAGCUUUGCCAUCUUGUCCCGUGCCAAUGGAAUUUGAACCUGGCGCAACGAACUUCAUCUGA